UUUUUGAAUUUGAGUGGCCACAUGCGACGCCAUCCUAGGACCCCCGAAAAUCCCUAUGGGGAGGCCGGUCCUGAAAGUCACUUGGCAGAUCUUUGCAUUCGGGUCUGACGUCAUUGCCGUCAUCGCGUCCACUCGCCGUCCACACGAUAUUUUUUCGCUGGACUGCUCACUUCAUCGCUCCGGGCACAAUGCUCAUAACAUUUGGAAUUCGUGGCGAGAGUAUAGUGUAUCACAUCGAACACGACGACGAGUUGGCAACGGCAGCCGCACCUGUUGAUGCCCCUGCACCGUUCAACAAGUCCACUGCAGACGUUAUCCUGCGUUCCUCAGAUGGCGUGGACUUCCGCGUGAAGAAAGCGAUCAUCGCGGAGGCAUCCACCUUCUUCGAGAGCAUGUUUACUCGGCCUCGACUGCAGGCGGCUAGCGAUGAAUAUAGGGACGGCCUGCCCGUCAUCCCGAUGACAGAAGACAAGAACACACUCGAAAAGCUGCUGCGCAUAUGUUACCCUGUCCGCGAUCCGGACAUCGACCUACACGAGAUCGCGCCGCUCCUGGACGCUGCCAGGAAGUAUGACAUAGACGUCGUGACGGAUGUCAUAAUGGGCAAACUCGAGGCAUAUGCAGUCACUGAUUCGCUCGAGACAUACGCUAUCGCGAUCCGGCAUGACCUCCCAUCCGUAGCGAAAGCAGCUGCGAGACACAGCCUGGAAGAGAGAAUGGACUAUACCCCCUUUUCUGAACUCGACAACAUCAGCGCCUCUGCCUAUGCACGUCUUCUCCUUUACCGCCAGAUGUGUAGCGAGGU